CUAGGUCAGGCAAGCUGCUGCUCUCGACAAACUUCAACGCAAUGGUAUUCACAUUUUGGAAGGUUUUUCUGAUCCUAAACUGCCUUGCAGGUCAGGUUAGCUUGGUGCAAGUGACCAUUCCAGACAGUUUUGUAAAUGUGACUGUUGGAUCUGAUGUCACUCUCCUCUGCUUCUACACCACCACUGUGGCCUCCACGGACAAGCUGUCUAUCCAGUGGUCUUUCUUUCAUAAGGAGGAAAUGGAGCCAGUUACUCAUGGCUCGUGCCUCAAUACACGAGGUAUGGAGGAAAAGGCAGUCAGUCAGUGUCUAAAAAUGGCGCAUGCAAGAGACGCUCGGGGAAGAUGUAGCUGGACCUCUCAGAUUUACUAUUCUGAAGGUGGAGAAGCUAAAGCCACUGGACAAUUCAAAGAUCGAAUUAUAAGAUCAGCCAGUCCAGGUAAUGCGUCUAUCACUAUAUUGCAUAUGCAACCAACAGACAGUGGAAUUUACAUCUGCGAUGUCAACAACCCUCCAGAUUUUGUUGGCAAAAACCAAGGCACUCUCAACGUCACUGUGUUAGUCAAACCUUCUAAGCCACUUUGUAGCAUCCAAGGAAGACCAGAAACAGGCCAUAGUAUUUCUCUGACUUGCCUCUCUUCUUUUGGAACACCGUCUCCUGUGUACCACUGGUAUAAACUUGAGGGAAGUAAUGCCGUGCCAGUGAAAGAAAGCUUUAACCCAGCCACUGGAAUUUUGGUUAUUGGAAAUCUGACAAAUUUUGAACAAGGUUAUUACCAGUGUACUGCUAUCAACAGUGUUGGCAAUAGUUCCUGUGAAAUUGAUCUAACCUCUUCACAUCCAGAAGUUGGGAUCAUUGUUGGUGCCUUGAUUGGUACCCUGGUAGGCGCUGCCAUCAUCAUUUCUGUGGUGUGCUUUGCAAGGAACAAGGCAAAGGAAAAAGAAAGGAAGAAGAAUUCUAAAACCACCACAGAACUUGAACCAAUGACAAAUAUAAACCAAACCCGAGAGAAUGAAGCCAUUCCAGUGGAAGAUGUUGUACAGCUAGAAGCAACUCUGCCACCCUCCACUCAUGAGACUGACCCUACUAUCAUCUUGGAACCAGACCAUGAGCCUGCGCCACAGACAGAGCCUGUCCCAGCACCUGUCCUAGGACAGGAGCCUACUCUGAUGCCUGAGCUUGAGAUUGAGCUGGAGCCAGAGCAGGAACUAGAGCUGGAACCAGAGCCAGAACCAGAUCCAGAGCCUGGGGUUUUGGUUCAGCCCCUGUGUAAUGAGGAAAAGAACAUGAUUAAGACAUAGAUUAGUGCUCUGAGUACACCAUUCAUCACUAAGGAACCCAUCAAUGGUGUCCGGAAUUCACUUGACCUAGCCCGUCCACAUCCCCUCCCUCCAUACUGACCAACCUUCUUCUAACAAGGUGCUCAUUCUUAACAUGAAUCCAAAAUAAAUGGGUCAGGAUAACUAUUAAAUAAAUAUAAGGGUUCCUACAUUAUCAAUAGAGAAUACUUAAAAUCAUACUAACAAAUAUGCAUAACAAAUGACAAGGCAAGUGUUUUCUAGCUCAUUUGAAAGUUUUUCUGAAUGGUCAGAAAAUAUUUUGUUUUUAGCUGUGCUUCAUGUGUUCCACAUGCACACACAACAAAGUGGCAUUAAUUAGUUAUAUUUUCUAGGGUUAGUUGUCAGGUUUCCCUAUUUGUUGCUAUAUUUACCACUAAGAAGAGAAUUUGACAGCAUUAUCUCAUAGAUUAGGAAAAAGUUCUCCAAAAACAACAGAGAACAAUACACAAACAUAGUAUUUUAAAUCAGGUCUUAUUAUCAAUAUAUUUACCAUGUUAAAUUUCCUAAGAAGUCAUCCUGGUGACUAAUAUCUAAGCACAGCAAAAUUUUAAAAUAAUCCAAGAUUUAAAUGCCAAAUAUCAUACAGGCAAACAAUUGGAAAUAUGAUUUUCCUUCAGUGAAUACAAAGUGUUGAUUAAUAGGCGAUGUACAAGUUAGCUUUGAAUAAGCUAUUAUGUUAUCACUGUGAUGCUACUUUUAUAUACUUUGAAGGGGCACACUAGGAAAGUAUUCUAAAUGAACACUUAAGAUCUAUUUUAGAUAACAACUAAUUAUAAAAUCUGUUUUACUGUUGGUAUAUUCCACAUCAAUAAAGAAAUGUUCUUCUUGUGUACAUGCUACGUAGUAAAAAAAUGCAUUGAUAUCUCCUCUUCUUCACUUAAGUUUUUUCAUGAUCUUAUUUCACUCACAUCCCUCUGUGAAGAAAUUUACAG